GCUUUGCCCGUCAUUGGUGGGCCUCUUCUUGGGCCCCGUGUUUGCCGCCUCGCCCUGGUCAAACGGGCGGCCUUCUUCGACCUCCACGCCUCUGUUGCGCCCACGCCACACCUGUCCCCCCGCUCUGACCUUGGAUUCGGUGAUGAAACGAUACAUUUCUUGUUCACCCGCCAUCAUGUCCCUCAAAAAGCAACUGAGUGAAUGGAGUUUUGCCGAUCCCAAACUGGCCUCGUUGCCCUUGGAUCCAGAAUUGGACAAUUACGUGCGGAGAUUCGUGCCCAAAGCCAUAUUCAGCCAAUGUCAGCCCACACCCAUGAAAACGCCCCGGAAACUGGUGGCUAUCAAUGAGGAAGUCCUAAAGAACAUUCUGGAUAUGGAUCCCGAGAUCAAGCAAGACCCGGAUUUCGUGGAUUUCGUCUCGGGCAACAAGGUUCUGACCGGCUCUAUUCCCAUGGCUCAUCGUUAUGGCGGUCACCAAUUUGGAUCAUGGGCUGAUCAAUUAGGCGAUGGGCGGGCCCACCUUUUGGGCGAGUACAUCAAUAAACUCGGUGAGCGAUGGGAGCUCCAACUUAAAGGGUCCGGACGAACGCCCUAUUCUCGCUUUGGCGAUGGUCGGGCGGUGUUAAGAUCCUCCGUGAGAGAGUUCUUAUGCUCCGAGGCCAUGUUUUAUUUGGGCGUGCCCACCUCCCGCGCCGCCUCCCUGAUUGUCACGGAUGACCCGAUCCCUCGGGACAUGUUUUAUGAUGGCAAUAUGAAACUGGAACGGGGUGCCGUGGUGCUCAGACUGGCUCCCACGUGGUUUCGAUUCGGAUCCUUUCAGAUCCUGGCCAAGCAUCAUGAACAAGACGAAUUGAAUGCUCUGGUGGAUUUCGUGCUCCAGGAGAAUUUUCCGCAAAUCGUCCGAUCACACCCCGAUAGCCGGGAUGAUCAGAUCUUGGCCCUUUUCCGGACGGUUUGCCAGGACACGGCCAACAUGGUGGCUCAUUGGAUGGCCGUGGGUUUUGCCCACGGCGUGAUGAAUACGGAUAAUAUGAGCAUCAAGUCGAUUACCAUCGAUUACGGGCCCUAUGGAUUUUUGGACGAAUAUGAUCCUCAUUAUAUUCCUAAUAGCAGUGACGAUAUGGGACGGUAUGACUUUCAAAAUCAACCGACGGUGGCUUUGUGGAAUUUGCAACAAUUGGCAUUGGCUCUCAAAUCUGCCCUUUCUGAAUCCAGACGAGAAGAAUUGACCAAACCGUUGGAAGAGUAUGCCAAGAAUUAUCAGAAGAUCUUCUUAGACAUUUUCGCCCGCAAGCUUGGCUUUCAAACGAUCAAGACAUCCGAAGACAUGGAACUGUUAGCCUAUCUCUUGAAAUCGCUGGAAUUGAAAAACGCCGACUUCACACAAAGUUUCCGCGAUCUCUCGGAAAUAUCAUUGGCCGACUUGGUGGCCAAGAAGAUACCUGAAAACGCUUGGGGGCUGAAAAAGGUCUUGGAUGAAGAGCAUUUCCAGAAGUUUAUGGACAAGUACCCCGCCCGAUUGGAAGAGGAAAACACUACCGAUGAGGAACGGAUGACCCGAAUGCAGGCGGCCAACCCCAGAUAUAUUCUGCGAAACUGGUUAGCCCAACGAGCCAUCGAAAUGGCCGAAAAGGACGACUUCUCUGAGGUCGAGAAACUGCUCCGAGUGCUCAAGAAGCCUUACACCAUUCAGAAAGAGGCCGAAGAGUCCGGAUACGCUCAACCACCUCCCAAGUGGUCCAAGCAACUCAGAGUUAGUUGUUCCAGUUAAGACAUACCUACAAAGGUCUAUGAAGGAGUUAUGAUUUUGUAUGAGAGUACAUUAAAUUGUGGUAAAAAAAAAGGCCUGGCAAGGAUCCAUCUUUUAUCGACACACAACCAGUUAAUACGCAUCACUAUUUCUGCACUCUUUCAAAAUUCUACCCUUGGUUCGUGGCAUCUCCCUUUUUAGUGCAUUAACGAGCCACAAGAAUGAUGUAAAACGACCUUAGAUGGGUUGAGAAAUAUGACGAGGAAGUCUCUUUGUAUGACACAUCUUGAUCCCAAAAAAAUGCAUCAAACCUC